GCCAACGCUUCCCAAGAGCAAGCGAGCAAGAGGCCAACUCGGGGGAGCCCGGCGUGGGAUGAACCAGAUCAAACAGAUCCAUGCUUUCACCCUCCGCAAUGGCCUCGACGACAUCCAAGCCCUCGUCCUGAAGCUGCUCCAAGUUCCCAACCUCCCCUACGCCCACGCCCUCCUCCUCUCCCAUCCCCCCCCCCCGCCCACCUUCCUCUACAACAAGCUCUUCCAGGCCUACGCACGCGGCGCCGGGAGCGCGUUCGAGCCCUGCGCUGCACUCUUCGCCCGCAUGCGUCGGCCCCCCAACCCCCACUCCUUCGUCUUCCUCUUCUCCGCCUGCACCGCCUUCGCUCGCCCCGCUCACGGCCGCGCCCUCCACGCCCGCUUUCUCCUCUCCGGCCUCCCUUUCGACGCCUUCGUCGCCACCUCCCUCCUCGACUUCUAUGCCAAGUCCGGCCUCCUCGACUCCGCCCGCCGCCUGUUCGAUGAGUUGCCCUUCCGGGACGUCGCAAUGUGGAACUCCUUGAUCGGCGGGUACACCAGGUGGGGCGAGCUGGACCAGGCCAGGGAGUUGUUCGAGAUGAUGCCCUUUAGAAACGUAAUCUCUUGGACGUCCAUGGUCUCCGGGUAUGCCCAGAAUGGGCGCUAUGAGGAGGCCGUCCGUGCGUUCUCGAGGAUGUGGGAGGAAGCCGAGGUGAAGCCUAACGAGGUCACGCUCGCGAGCGUGCUGCCGGCAUGCGCCCACCUUGGGGCGAUAGGGCUGGGAGAGAAAAUAGAGAACUAUGCACGUGAGAAGGGAUUGAUAGGGAAUGUGUUCGUGUGCAAUGCUUUACUGGAGAUGUAUGGAAAGUGCGGCAACAUUCAUCGUGCAAGGAAGGUGUUCGAUGAAAUGGGUGCCAGAAGAAAUUUGUGCUCUUGGAAUUCGAUGAUAGUGGCAUUGGCGGUGCAUGGGAUGUGGUGUCAAGGCCUUGAGCUUUUCCAUGAAAUGAGGGAAAAAGGAAUCUUGCCCAAUGAUAUUACACUUGUAGGUGUUCUCUUGGCUUGCACUCAUGGAGGACUGGUGGAUGAGGGGCAGUAUAUCUUCAAUUCCAUGGAAAAGGACUUUUUCAUCACCCCUAAACUGGAACAUUAUGGUUGCAUGGUUGAUCUAUUAGGGCGUGCUGGACUAACAAAAGAAGCCUACAGUCUGAUAACAAGUAUGCCAAUGGAGCCAGAUUCAGUGAUAUGGGGUGCUCUGCUUGGUGCUUGCAGUUUUCAUGGUGACGUCCAAUUGGCAGAAGUUGCUGCCGAGUUCCUAUUUAAACUUGAGCCAUGGAACCCAGGAAACCUUGUGAUUCUUUCCAAUAUAUAUGCUUCAUCAGGGAGAUGGAAUUCUGUUGCUAAAAUUUGGAAAAUGAUGAAAGGAAAACUACACAGAAAGUCAGCUGGAUAUAGCAUAAUUGAGUUAGAUGGCUAUAUGCAUAAGUUCCUCGUGGAGGAUAAAUCCCAUCCACAAUUUGAAGAGAUAUAUGCCCUUCUGGACGAGAUUACAAUGAGAAUGAGACUCCUUAGUUACAAACCUAAUCUGAAUCUCCAGAUCGAAUGCUAAGGGGAUUUGGAUAUUCAUAAGGUUGUGUUCCAUUCAAGGACAUAAAUGAACAGAAUCCUCCAAAACCGUAAAUGUGUUCCAUUAUCAAAUUUUAGAGCACAAGAAGAUGAAUAGAAGGCUAUGGUCAUGGAGGUCUUGUUGUUUAGUGUUUGACUUAAUGGGUUGAAGAAAAUAAUAGAAGCACCCCAAAUUACUGCAAAGCAACUAUUGAUAAGCAUUUUCAAUCAUUUUAUUGAACCUCCUGAAUAUAAAAAGCAACAACGGUGUUCUGAAUCUCAGAUCAACGGUUGAAACUUUUGACAACUCUGCGGGAUCUCGAGUUAUCAACUUUUUAUAGAAGGCAUGACAGGAUCAUCCAGUUGGAUAUAAACUCAUGUUUGCUCAAGAAAUUGAUUUGGUACCAGUCUUAAUCAAAGAGGGGAUGGAAACCUUUUGACGUGUAGCUAUGUGAUAUUAGCAUUUAUCCAAGAAAAGAAAAAUUAUUCUA